AUGGGUAUCCAAUCCACUCAAGAUCCAACCACGUCCUCUACUUCUACUUCUUCGGAAACAACGAUACCCAAUUGGCGAGUGUUAUCUUUACCCAAGGAAGAAGAUCAAGAGGAUUCAUUAGCAUUUCUACAAGAACGAGCGCCCUGGUCCAACCAACAAUACCAAGAAGCACUGGAUCUUUACGAUAAAUUCAUCAGUUGCAGUGACAGCUACAUUGCUCCAGGGAUCAAGGAUGCGCUCAAUGUACUAGAUCAUGCCUAUAGACUCUACGGACCACAAUCGGUAGUCUGUUCCUUUAAUGGAGGAAAGGAUGCCGUUGUCAUUCUACAACUACUCAGAGCGGCGCAUGCUCAUCAUUACAGACAACAAGAAGAACAACAGCAAGAACACGACAAAACUACAAUUAUUCGACCCAGAGCACUCUAUUUUGAACACGCCGAUGAAUUCCCACAAGUAUUGGCCUAUCUGCAAAACUCGGUCCAACAGUAUGAUCUAGAUAUGAUUGCCUUUGAUAAGGGCAUCAAAUUCAAUCAAGGACUUGAAGUACUCGUGCAAAACAAUCUGGUACCACAACAAUCAUCCUCCACAAAAAUCACAUUGCCCAUGGGAUUUGUCUUGGGCACACGCGUCGGAGAUCCCAAUGCCGGAGAUCAGGGAUACUUUUGUCCUUCGUCUCAUUACAUGCCACCCUUUAUGCGCGUCAAUCCCAUUCUCGAAUGGACCUACGGACAAGUAUGGCACUUUUUACGAGUCUUUUCACUACCCUACUGUGUCCUAUACGAUCAAGGAUACACCAGUUUGGGGACUACCAAGGAUACCAACCCCUGUCCGGCAUUGGCCGUGCCGGGUAUGACUGUCACCCAAAAUACAACGCUACCCAAAUAUUGGCCCGCGUACAUGUUGCAAGACUGGUCCCAAGAACGGGCCGGGCGUAUCAAAAAGGAAAAGAAAAAAUCAAGCACUACAACAGCCACAACCAAAGACAAUAAUAAGGGUGACAACAUUCCAUCCACGUCGUCGGCUCCGUCCAACAAAGCGGAAAGUGUCAUUUCCAUUCCAUCGGCAUUGAGAGCCACCGAUCCCAAACAAUUGAUUCGAAAGAAGCAAGACGAACUUGCCAUUAGUCCCGUCGAAACACAGAAUGAUGGAGGCGAGAAUGCGGAUAAUGAUUUGGACGAAUCUUGUUGGUCCUACGACAAAUCUUCCAAUCAUUCCUUGGCAUCCUCGGUGGAACAGCGCACGGCGGGAUUGUUGGUGAUUGGAGAUGAAAUCUUGAAGGGUGCCACGGCCGAUACCAAUACCCAAGCCGCCGCCAAAGCCUUUCGCGAAAACUCGGUCUUGUUGAAACGGGUCGUGGUCGUCUCGGAUGAUCAAGAAGCGAUCAUUAAUGAAAUCUUGCAAAUGCAAAAUGAAGUUGAUAUCCUGGUCACUUCGGGUGGCGUCGGUCCCACUCACGACGAUGUGACGAUCAAGAGUGUGGCGGCAGCCUUGAAUCAAGACUUGGUCUUGCACGAGGAAAUGGCCCUACUCUUGCAAGAAAAAAUGAACAAAACAGACAAUGAUAGCAAUAGCAACGACAAUAAUGCUGUUGUCGAAUUGACCGAAGCCCAACGCAAAAUGGCCACGUUGCCGUCUCGUUCCAAACUACGCUACUUGGCGGACAAACAAGAUUGGCCCGUGUUGCAAUGUCGCAACAUUUUCAUUCUUCCGGGCGUCCCCGAGUUUUUCACCCACAAGAUUGAGUACGUGGCGGAUUAUGUGUCGUCCGAUAUAGAACUGGAACGGAGUACCGUGUACAAGGUGAUUUUGUCGGUGGACGAGACAUCCAUUGUGACGGUAUUGAACACGGCCGUGGAAGCGCAUCCCGACGUGACGUUUGGCAGCUACCCGUUUGUCAGUCAUCCCGAAUUCAAGACGGUCUUGACACUGGAAGGACGAUUGCGCAGUGCCGAGCCAGAAAUUUUUUCGAGAAAGAGUUUCUCCAAGCCUCAGAUGGAUCAUCAUGUGCGAAUGGCAUUGGAUUAUUUGCUGACGCAUUUGCCAGAAGGGAGUAUACUGAGAGUAGAGAAUGACGAUGGGUUGCUAUAG